AUGGAAUCUGCGUGCACUGCGCCAGGGAAUUAUCGGCUAGGGUACGUGUCAGUUGACGGUACGGAUUCCGCCCGAGAUGGUGAUGGUGGUGGUCCUUCUUCCACGCCCGAUAGCCUGUCAGGCAAGCGGGAUUUCGAGAAGCAAGCCCACCAGAUGAUAAAUCGCUUCCUUGUCCUUAGGUGA